GUUCUAGAUGUGUUCGGUCCAUUAAAAUAUAAUAUGUCCGGAACGAGUGCGAGCGCUAGUGUCGCGAUCCGACAAAGAGGGUCUAAGAAGUAUCCUUGUUUUUUUUUAACUAACGCGUUCACGUGAUUGUACAAUCCUGUAAAAAGUUUAUGAACAAGUAGUCAAAAAGAGAUAAGAAUACCUCUUAGAACGCUCUCUCUCGGAUCACUUUUAACAAAGGGAUUCUACCGCCGCACUCAUUUCGGUUGUUGUGUAGUUUUUUAUCAGCGUCGAUGGUUUAGCAUCGGCACUGUGGUUCAAUUUCACAAUUGGUUUUGUCACAAGUAUAAUGUAAAGACAGUAAGCAAACACUAAUGUUUCUGAUUGUUUAUUUAACUGUUUAUUGCCUUAAUAUGUUUAUGUAAUAUAAUAUCACACGUAGUGCGCGACAACGCCUGGGGGUGACGCGUUCACCCUGAGUCGCUUGAAUCCGGCGCACGUAUCUCACAAGGAAUAUUCACACAAUGUCUAACUCGACUCAACUUGACUGUCCAAAGGUUCGAACGAGAGUAAGAGUUCGUAAUCGGCUAAUCCAAGGCAAUGAACUUCCUUUACUUCUAUACGGUCCGCCCUCUCGAUACCCUUGGCCAAUCUUGACGCGGGGACGAAGGGGGACCGUGAAGCCUCGACAACCGGCGUCUCUGCGACGUGUUUGUUCCUGUCCUUGCACGCGUAUACCGAUUCGAAUCCAGAAUCUUCCUUGUUAGAGAUUGCGUGUGCGGAUGUUGGUUCAGCCCCAUUUGAUUAAUUUCGCUCUAGAGCGCGCCAAUAAUUCAAAGCAGAAUUAUCACUCACUCUCGGCCAUUGCUAAGUAAAGUGUAUUAUCGAAUCGCGCGUGCGAAGGAACGUUCUAAAAUGGCGCAAUAAAAGCGAAAAAACAAAUUGAGAGGAGUCAUUUCUUCGGCCGCGUAUCGACGAAGACCCCAUACCGACAAGCACACGCGGUAAGCAGCAAGCCCAGCAUCGCACAGGUAAUAAAAUGGAUCUCAGUAAGAAAGCGCAGGAGCACAUUGAUAUUUGCUUGAAUGUACCUCAAAACAGCGAAGAAGUUCACAAGUCACUGUUUAAUGCUUUACGGUCUAAGAACUUCCGUUCUUUUAAAAAUAUUAUAGAACAAGAUUUAAAAGAACAGCCGCCAAUUCUGGAUAUUAACUAUGUAGAUCCGAAUACGAAAGAAGCAUGCCUUGAUAUAGCUAGCAAAAAUGGCCUGACAGAGUUUGUGGAGUUUUUAUUACAGAAUCAAGCAAAACCUAAUAGAGAGGACAAAUCGAAAAAUUAUGCUCCUAUCCAUUUCGCCACAGAAGGUGGACACGCGGAGACGUUAAAAGUUUUAUUAUUUUCGCCAAAAUCGAAAAUUCAGAUAAAUCCAGAUCUCCGGGCAGGACAAGACGAACGGACUGCCCUGCAUAUUGCGGUGAAGAAGAACGACCGGCAGUGUGUAAAACUAUUGUUGGAUAGAGGCGCCAGCAUCAAUAUUCCAAAUAGCGAAGAUAAAACAGCUCUCCAUUUGGCAGCGAUAGAGAACAACCGGAAAAUGGUGAAUUUGAUAUUAAAAACAACCCAGCAACAGCCAGAUGGCAGAACACAAGAGGUAAUUCGGCAGAAGUGGCCGGAUCUAAAACUCGAAUAUGAAAGUCGUGAGAUAAAGGAAGACGAUCUUAAAUAUUACCUGACGGUUGAGGAUAAGACAAACUUCUUGAGAAGUAUGGAACUCGUCGAAAUAAACAUUCUUAAGAAUGUAGCCAAAGAGCUGUUAGAGCUGACUGCGCAUGCUUCCAAACGAGGUUUCCACAAUGUUGCAAUUAGAAUCCUGGAAAAACUUGAGGGAAAACAAAUCAACGUGAAGAAAGCUGCGCAAGCAGCUAUUCAGGAGAGUAAUUAUACUAUUCUUCAAGUACUGCUAAAAACAGAACCAAGUAUGGCUAAUGAUUUGAUUCUAAGUGCCUGUAAGGAGCUUCAGGAGCUGUCAAAAAGGUCAGGAAAACGAGGAGUUGAUAGUAUACCCAAUCAACUAAAAUGUCUGAAGUUGAUUCUGGAACAAGAAAACGUAAAUGUUCGUUGUAUUGAUAAAGACACUGGCAACACUCCGCUACAUUAUGCAGCCAGUGCUGGCUGUCAAGAGGCGGUGAUUUUACUUCUUCAUCGAGGCAGCUACAUCGGUCAUAUGAACUAUUCUAAAAUACCGCCUAUCGCAGAUAUUCCGGCGCAUACGCUAUCACGGUACUUCGAUGACUGUCUGCAGAUACAAAAAGAUACGAACGAGUGCACAAUUGAAUUUAAUUAUAGCUGCUUAAUGCCUCCACGGAAUCAAGAUGAUGCUUCCACGGAAUGCAAUAAAACUGAAAUGGAAGUGUUCAACUACAUCGCCGACCACAGUCGCCUCAAACAUUUGCUAAAACAUCCGUUGCUCUCUUCUUUUAUCGAUCUUAAAUUGAAUAUAAUACAACACAUUCUACUUGCAAAUAUCACUUUUUGUACAGUUUUUUAUUUUCUAUUAUACGUUUUCAUCUUAAAGAUGACUUGGGAUAUUCAAAAAAAAAAUAAGACACAAAUUGCUAAUGGAUCUCACAGCUUACUAUGGGCCUUUACCAUUGUGAUGUUAUUGCUCUACAUCUUCCGAGAGAUUAUCGAACUUAUGUUCUGCGUUAAGUGUUAUAUAGCGAGCUUAAGAAACUGGUUGAAAAUCAUGUUGAUUUUUUUCACCAUUACUUUGCUGCACGGCGCGGGAUUUCAAGUCGGUGUCGUAGUAAUCUUGCUGUCGGCUUACGAACUGAUGUUAAACAUCCAGUAUAACGAUUUUUUCAGCAGCGUUGAAAUGUUCCGGACUAUUUCUCUGAAUUUUAUAUACUUUUUGCUUCCCUAUCUGCCCUUCUUCGGCGCAUUUGCUUUGGCCUUCCACACGCUCUUCAACGAUAAUGACAAGAGUUUUACCAAUUUAUAUCUUUCACACUUCAAAACUGUUAUUAUGUUUACUGGCGAAUUCAACGCCAAUGAUAUUCAAUUCAAAUUGCAUCCUAUCUGGAGCCACAUUGUGUUUAUAUUAUUCGUUUUCUUCAUCUAUAUUGUACUGUUUAGUUUGCUCAAUGGUUUGGCGGUCAGCGGCACUGCUGAGAUUUUGUCUGAGGUCGAGGUGCUUGGACUUAUUUCUAAAAUACAUUUGGUUGCCUAUAUCGAGCAUAUAAAGGUUGAUCCUUGUGGUUGGUCCUUCUGUUCUAGUUUGACAAAAUCUUUCCGUUCGCUUGCUGACGGAAUUCUUCCUUCUCCUAUUUCUCUUUCAGAACCUCGUAAGUCUUUUAUCAUGUUAUACGAUAAUUUGGAUGUUUAUGAUAAACAUAAAUGGUAUAACGUUAUAAAGCGCGUUAUGCAAUGGAGGAUUUUUCAAAAUGGAGAAUUUUUCCAAAUAGAUACAAAUAUAAUUAAACGAGCCAAGAGUAUUAUCGACAAUAAGAAUCAAUUGACGGAUAAUGAAAAGAUUAAACUGUAUUAAACAAAUUACACAAAAAAUUGACAGCAAUAAAAAUUAUUUUAAAAACUACGAAGUUUGCAAUUGAGAAUAAUGAUAUCGAUAAUACGAUAAAAUCUGUCUAAAAGAAGAAUUAAUAUAACAAGUACAUAUACCAUUAUAUUUUUAAUUAUAAUUUUAUAAUCAUUUCUAAGAUAUUUUAAGUGAAAGUUUAUUUGACAUAUGAUUUCUGGAUAAGCUUAAGUAGCGCCACGAUAUUAUAUAAAUAAAGUUUGGGUCAUACACGGCUCGACUUUUGCUAUGUACUUUUAAUGUAUCACGCUGCUAUCGCUUGAUUAUUUUACUUUUGAUAUUUUUGAUAUUUUAAAUAAAAUUUAAAUAUUACUAAACUGAACAUUAUCAAUGAAUAUCUGUCUUAUCAUUGAGCUCAUCUGGAGUUAAGUAUAAAAUUGUGUAUUGCUUUAUAAUUCUAUUUCUCUGAACAUGCGGAGUAUGCCAGUGCGCUUGAAAAAAUCGUAUAUUUUAUUUAUUCUAAAAUAAUUGUAUAUAUUAUAUUUUAAGUGUGUUUACUUGUACUUGAAUUAUUCGUGAAUGUUAUGACAAAUUCCUACCGAUCAGACUACAUUAUAACUCUAUUCUAAUUUAUUUUAGCCGA